AUGUCCGACUGGGAGGAAUCCGAGAACGAAUCGCACGCCGCGCCUGCUCCCGUCGCUAAAAAGCCGGUAAAGAGCAGAUGGGAAGGCGAAGACGAAGAAGACAGUGCGCCGGUUAGCGACUGGGAGGCAUCCUCAGACGAGGAGGAAAAGCCGAAGCCGGCAGCGGCGCCUGUAGCACCGCCAAAGAAGAAGGGGACACUGAAAGCUGUAUUAGCGGCGAAGGAGGCGGCGAAAGCAGCUCGUGCAGCCGCAGGUGAAGACGAUGAGGAUGAAGAUUACGAUGAAGAUGCGGUGCUGGACCCGCGGGCCAAGGCAAGACUGGACAAGGAGCGGGAGCUGAAUGCCGAUCUGAGCAAUGCAGCGGAUCUCCUCGGUUCGGCUGCCCUAGGAGGCACUUCGUCCUCCGAGUUAGAUUCUCUUAUUUCUGCGCAACCUCGUACGAAGGAGGACUUCAUAGAUUUCUCGAACAAGGUUAUCGAAUACAUCAUUAAGCGACAUCAGAGCAAACCGCUUUACGCUGCUUUCCUCGAGCAUCAUGUGCGAGAAUUGGCUAUGCCACUGCGGGACGUCGAGGUCCGCAAAACGGCAAGCGUCCUGACUACCCUUGCGAACGAGAAACAGAAGGAGCAGCGAGACAAAGCUUCAGGGAAGAAGAAGAAUCCGAAAGCAGCGGUGAAGCCGGUCUUGGGCGCGACGAAAAUAUCAAACAAGUUUGAUACAUCUGUAUAUGACGAGGCACUAGAUGACUUUGGUUCAAACCCCGAUGACUUCAUGUAG